AUGAAACCAUUGCAGCAGCAACAGCCGCAACAGCCGCGGCAGCAGCAGCAGCUGCAGCAGCAGCAGCUGCAGCAGCAGCAACAGCAGCAGCAGCAACAGCAGCAGCAGCAGCGUCUCCGAAAGGGGCAGCAGCUCAAUCGGGGCCGAGAGACAGGCGCACGGAGGAGCCGCGGUGUACAUACACCUGAAGGCGGUGCAGCAGCAGCAAGAGCAGCAGCAGCAACACCAGCAGCAACAGCAGCAACAAGAACAACUCUCGUGAGGUCUCUGCGGAAGCCUAGGCCUCCCUCUGUCACAUUAGAAGCAGCAGCAACAGCAGCAGCAACAGCAGCAGCAACAGCAGCAGCAACAGCAAGAGCCUGCUCCAUCCAUGACUCCCCCAGCGUUUCUGCUGCUGCAUGCAGCGAGGGGUGCUCAUCAGAAACCACAACAGCAGCAGCAGCAACAGCAUCUGAAGCAGCAGCAGCAGCAGCAGCAGCAUCAGCAGCAGCAGCAGCAACAGCAGCAGCAGCAGCAGCUCCUCUCAAGGAGGGGACUGUGCCCUGUGCUCUUGGGGCCCCCAGGCCGUUCUCUGUCUCCUCUCCGCCUCCUGCUGCAGCAGCAGCAGCAGCAGCUGCUGCUUCUGCUGCUGCAGCUGCAGGUGUCCCCUCAUUAGAAGGGGGGGCCCCCACGCUCCGCUCUGUUGCCCCUGCAGCAAACUGCGCUGCUGAUGCAGGGGGCCCCCAAGCCGAGGCAAGGGGGGGGGGGGCCCCCAGGCAGGGGGCCCCCCACACUCUGAAGCAGCAGCAGCAGCAGCAGCAGCAGCAACAGCAGCAGCAACAGCAGCAGCAGCAGCAGCUCCUCUCAAGGAGGGGACUGUGCCCUGUGCUCUUGGGGCCCCCAGGCCGUUCUCUGUCUCCUCUCCGCCUCCUGCUGCAGCAGCAGCAGCAGCAGCAGCAGCAGCUGCUGCUGCUGCUGCUCCUGCUGCAGGUGUCUCCUUGUCUCCUCUCCAGCAACGAGCUCAGCUCUGCUGCUGCUUCGCCCUGCUGCAGCAGCAGCAACAGCAGCAGCAGCAGCAGCAACUGCAGCAGCAACAACAGCAGCUGUAAUAGCCCUUUAGAUGAAUGCUGCGUGCACCACAAACAAAACCACAAAAAUACAAUUCCCUUGGCUCCUCUGAGGCCCUCACCCCACGACACCCAGCAGCAGCAGCCACAGCAGCAGCAGCAGCAGCAGCAGCAGCAACAGCAGCUGCAACACAUGCAGCAGCAACACGCACAGCAGCAGCAGCAGCAGCAGCAGCAGCCAGAGGCUGACGCUACCCUUGCGCCGGCGGGGUUCGCCGCUGCAGCAGCAGCAGCAGCAGCAGCAGCAGCAGCAGCAGCAGCGGCAGUUACCGAAGCUGCAGCAACUGCAGCAACUGAAGCAGCUGCAACACAAAAUCGAUGGCACGCAGAUAGAGAGCGGCAGCUACCGAAGCUGCAGCAACUGCAGCAACUGAAGCAGCUGCAACACAAAAUCGAUGGCACGCAGAUAGAGCAGCAGCACGAAAACCCCUCUGUGUCUACCGACCUGUCUGCAAGCCUCCAUACACCGCCGCUGCAGCAGCAGCAGCAGCAGCAGCAGCAACAACAACUUCAGCAGCAGCAGCAGCAGUACCAGCACCAGCACCAGCACACUCCAGCCCCUCAGGUUGAUUACAGGGUAGCAACACCAUGCGCAGCAGCAGCAGCAGGAGCAACAGCAGCUACUCCAGCAGCAGCUGCUGCUGCUGCAGCACCACAGCAGCAGAGGAGACACCCGGUCCCCUUCUCAGGGGCGCCGCAGCGGCUUGCUAGCUGCCCCCCCAAAGGGCUGCAGCAGCAGCAGCUGCUGCUGCUGCAGCCAGCAGCUGUGCUGGUGCCUCAGAAAGUCCCCGUUGCUGUUUGUUCUUUACCGCUGCAGCAGCAGGAGCAGCAGCAGCAGCCUGCAGCAGCAGCAGCACUUGUGUGGACCCCACAGCUGCCGCAGCAGCAGCACGUGCCUGUCUGCUGCAUGUCUCCUGUUGCUGCUGCAGCAAUACCCCUGCGGCCAGCGAUGGCUGCUGCAGCAUACGGGGCCCUUAGUGUUUUACCAGCUAGGCGGCAGCAGCAGCAGCAGCUGCUGCUGCAGCAGCAGGAAGGGGAAGCUCAAGCUGUUGCUGCUGAGCACCACCGCAGCUACCGUGACAUGCUGCAGCAGCAGCUGCUGCUGCAGAAGCACUACUCGGAGCUGCUGAAGCAGCAACAGGAGAUGCUGCUGCACCAGAAGCAGCAGCAGAACUCUUGGCGCGUCCAGCAGCAGCUGCAGCAGCAGCAGCAGCAGCACCCAUUGCUACAGCCCUCUCUGCAGUUGCACUUCGAGCAGCAGCAACAACAGCAGCAGCAGCAGCAGCAGAAGCAGCAAACUGCUGUUGCUGCUGCUGUCUCCCCAGUACCACACACAUCUGCGCCUGCUGGUCCUGCAACAGCUGCAGCAACAGCAGCAGCAACAGCAGCAGCUGCAGCAGGAGCAGCAACAGCAGCAGCAGCAGCAACAGCUGCUGUCUCCUUUGCACUUUGUGUGUCUUCUUGUUUUGGACUGAUAGAGCUGUGCAGCUCUUACAUUUGCUGA